UGGAGGAGCUAGUGGAACCAUGCCACGAUGCUCGGGUUUGCGCAGCUGGACCGGUGACUCCUUUCAUGGUGCUUGAUGUCUCGGUGCCUGCUGCUGCUGGGGAUUCUGGUGCUGCUUUGUCGAUCCAGGAUUUGGGGCUUCUCAGAGGCGCCAAUAACAGAAAGGAGCCCGCGGCGGGGGCGACGGCCACAGACGCCUCGGAGGCGGAGGGAUGUUUCUGGGCUCCCUGCCCAGAUCCUACAUCCGUCCAAGGUGCAGCGUGGUAGACCCCAACCUCGCUGGCAAGACGUCUUCCGCGUCUGGGAGCGAGAAAUCCCGAAGGCGGAUUUCGCCAUCCAACAUGCCGCGAAGGCGGUGAGGCUUCUGCCCAAGGUGAGCUUCAAACACAUGCCACGCCAGCAGCCUGUCCUCAUGAACCUCCUGAACAGGACCAAGGAGUUCUUGCUGGAUGACAAUUGCACAAUGGUGGUGGAGGAUCCGUUGCAACCCCGAGAGGGCCGCAACCACCGCGUUGGCCUUGUCACCGAAGAUGCCGCUGCUAUGAUGACGGCCGCCGUGGCGCUGAAGAAUGUGAUUCCCCGGUUGCACGGGGAGGUCCUCCCGCUGCUCCGCUGCAAGGUGAAGCAUGCGGUCGACUCGAUGAGCGACAAGGAUGUGGUGCGGAUGCUUCUGUCGGACGGCCUGCAGCGGGAGGUGGGGAUUUGGAAGCAGCUGGUGGCCCGGGCAAGGCCGGAGCUCAUGCAGGUCCUGGAGCUGCAGGACUUGGCUGGCCUGAUCCAGCGCUUUUGCUCGAUGCCGUGGGUUGUUGCAGCCGCCAAAGCGCGCUACAAAGGCGGACGUGCCCGUCCCAGCGGAAGUGGCGAUUUCCUCCUGAACUUACGAGACCAGGUCGCCGAGUUCAUUGAAGACAUGACCCUUGAUGACGUGGGGGUGUCCUUGUGGUGGCUAGCAGAAGCCGAUCUUGUCGACGACGAGUUGCUGAAAGCGGCAAGCGCCUUCAUUGUGCGGAAGAAGGCGAUGCGCUGGAAGGAUUGUGAUGAGUCGCUCUGGCGCCUGGCUUGCUCCUUCGCCAAGGUGGGUCGAGAGGACCUGGCGUUGGCGUUGCUGAAGGCGACCGCCAGGGCCGUUCUGCAAGAAGACCUGGGCAUGCUCACCAAUUGGGCUGUUGCUGCAAUGACGUGGUCGUACACGCAGCUUGAAAGCCGGCAGGACGGCCUGGACGCGUUCCGGGCCCGCCUCUCCUCGGAGCGCCAGCUGCGGCAAAUUACGCAGGAGCAGGUGGCGGAGAGCGCCCACAUCCAUGCAGAGGCAAUGGACGAGUUCUGGUCUUCUAGAAGGAUUGACACCCGCCCACUCUUCCUCGCCCCCCGGCCGGUGAAGCUACUGCAGCGGAUGUCAGCAGAAGCAGAUGCAAAGCGAGCAGCGGAGGAGCGUAAGCUCACUUCAAGGCAGAACUGGCGGGAGUUGGACGCCGUUGACGACGAUGAGAUGCAGGAUUUAGAGAUGUUCCGGCUCUUUGCGCCGGAAGCGGGGGAGCAGCCGGAUGCCAGGUGAG